AUGCAUAAAGAAAUCGUUUAAUAAAUCGAUGAUUGCAAUAAACUAUUAUCUGAUAAAUUUUCAACAAUAAAAUCAACAUGUAAAGCUUUUGUAGCCUAUUAUAAAUCAUUCGCAAAUAUUCAGUAAAACUAUUCCGAACAAUUAAUAAAAUUAACUAAAACAGCUGGUAAAUACAUGGGUCUAAAAAAGACUGUACUAGAAUGCCGAGAGAAUGAAAAUCCAGAUUUUUCAAAAUAACUGUAAUUUAAUCAAUUCGGAAUUUUAAUAAGUAUAUUAGGUAGAAAUUAUUAUAAAGACUAAAAAGAAUAAAACGAGAAGAAUAUAGAAGAAUUAGAGUCUUAUUUAGCUUCAUUUUAACCACAUGAUACAUUAGAUAAAUACACAAUGCCAAAAAUAGGUGAUUUAUUAAAAAUUAUUAAUAGUAAUUUAAAAGGAUUAAUUAAUAAUUAUAUUCCUUUGUUUACGAAAUUUCUAGCACCGUUUUUUGAUUUAAAUCCUGAGGAAAUAUAAUCUGAAUUCAUUAAAAGUUUCAUUGAAGGAGCUCUGGCAGAAAUUAUUAAAAUAAUAAAUUUACAUAUAGAUGAAAAUAUAAUAAAUAAUGAUAAUUCUAUAUUCUCUUUUUAAAUUGCACAUGAACUUUCUAAAUUAGAUGAUUUUAUGUCUUCAUUAUAAAUUAAUAAUUAUUAGUCUUAUUAUUUAGUUAUGACACCUUUUCUUGAAUAUUGGUUUAAUAAUAUGUAAAGUGGAGAAGGUUAAUCCCUUUAUACAAAAUCAGUUAUAGACUAUUGUUCUUUAUUAUUUAAAAGUAUAGAGAUAUUACAAGAUUUAAUAGAUGUAAAUGAUUAGAAUAAAUUUAAAUAAUAUAUAAAGAAAAAAUUUGAAAUAUUAAUAAAUGAAUCUAUGAAUGAUUAUUCUAAGGAAAUUAAAAAUAGUUUAAAUUAUUUAAAUUCUAUAAAUAAUCCGAUUUUCACUAAAGCUUCUAUUUCUAAAAAUAAUUAAAAAAAUAAUGAAAAUGAAGUUAUUUCUAAUUUAAAAGAAUUAAAAUCUGUAUGCUUUAGAUUUGGAAAUCUAUAUUUCUUAAGUGAAUAAAUAAAAAAUAUAUAAGAAAAUAUAAUUAAAAUGAAUAUAAAUACAAUUCAAGGAGUAAAAAAUGAAUUCUUAAAUAUUGCAAAUGAUAUUUCAAAAUUAACAUCAAAAUUAAUUGUUUCACAUUUUUGGAAAAAAAACUUAUUUUCUAAAAUAAAUACUAAUUUUGAAUACUAAUAAUUUAAAGAAUUAGAAUUAGAAAUAUUUUAAAAAUAAU